AUGUCUCUUAGAGGUUUUCGAUUGCUUUGUUGGGCUUUUUUUUUCAUCGUUUCUGCCUUUUCUGCCGAAGAAGAGCACACAGCGUGUCCAGGAUGGCAAAACUACAAAGAGGUUUGCCUUAGCGGCUCGUUCAACAGUAAUCUCACCCUCGAGCAGACGGUGAAAGCGGCUGGCAAAGAAUGCUAUGAUGCCAACAUGAAACGGUCAUUCACCCCGUGUCCCUAUUCGAUUCACAGUUGCGUUUUUGUCGUCACCGAUUCCAAUCCCACACAAAAGAUUCAUCACUUUUGCAUUGAUGACGCUCGACCCUAUGUGCGAAUUGAGGCUGAGUUUGAAACAAUCGAUCACCGACAUCCGACAAAGGAGCGCGUGACCGUGUUGCGACGAGGCGAUCCCAAUUGGAAAAUACCGGAUGGUUGCGUGGAGAACGAGGGCGUGACGGUCACCGGCGACGUGACGCUCAACGGAAUUGUUUAUCCAAAGUCGACAAUGGUUUGCUGUAAACAGCCGCGAUGCGACAAACUCAAAAGUUUAAACGAGCGCGAGAAACUCUACAAGGAUUGGCAGCCCUUCACGGCAAUGGCGGUUUUCGCGACGUUGAAUGCUUAUUUGGUAAUGCGAAUCAUUUGGAAAUGCUGUGGUGGACUAAAAAAGCUGAAAGUCGAU